AGUACAAGGCUAUUAACGGCUUUUUAUCUUAUCCAGAUUCCACCUGAAGGCGAUUAUCCUACACCCCUUGAUCCUUCGCAACAUCACACCCAAGACUUGAACAACAUGGUCAGAGGCACAGGCAAGUUUAAGACCAAGCGCGGUGGCGGGAGGAAUUUCAGCAAACACCUCGUGAUUGACGAGGAUGGAACUGCUGUAUCACUUGACAAACGAUGGGCUCCUCGAAGAAGACGAGAUGAGGAGGAGGAAGGGGAGGAAGAGGCCAGCGGUAGUGCCGCACAACCUGAGCUAAGCCGUGCUGAGCGAAAGGCACUCAAGAAGAAACAAGCGGAGCAGAAACAGCCAGUAGAUGGAGAGAGCGACGCAGAUGCAGAUCUAAUAAACCCUAACCACGUCGAGAAGAAGAUGAACAUAUCGGAUCUUGGUGCACCUCGAGAGCUAACCCGCAGAGAAAGGGAGGCGAAGGAGAAACAAGAAGCCAAGGAUCGCUACUGGAAGCUACAUCUUGCUGGCAAGACCGAUGAAGCAAAGUCUGAUCUCGCCCGCCUUAGGAAGAUCAAAGAGGAACGUGAGGCUGCUCUAGCCAAGAGGAAGGCUGAAGCUGAAGCAAAGGCCGCAGAAAUAGAGGCCAAGCGCAAGGCGGCCGAGAAGAAACGUGUUUGAGGAAACUAGAGAAAUUCGGGGCGCACAUUGCGGGAGUUAUGUGGGCGACGAUUCCGUCUUAUCGAUUGCCAAUCCGGUCAGUAGAAGUGAAAGGCCGCAAGGAAUGUACAAGACGCAAGAUAAGAUCGCGAGGGAGGUGACCAAGGGACUGUGCCUAGGUAUCGGGUGCACUUCUGGGAAUUUCAGGGCAC